AUGAGCGGCUCCCCGACGCUGGCCCCUGGGGUGGAGGAAGCCAUAGCCACAGGAAUCAAUGGAUUUGGGACGGACUGGCCCAGGGCUCCCAAUGGCAGCCGCCCCCCUGGGAACAUGGGCGGGGAGGAAGAGGAGGGAAGAGGGGCAGGGGGUGAGGCUGGAAUGAUCGUUAUCCAGUCCAUCUAUGCCCUGGUGUGCUUGGUGGGGCUGGUGGGUAAUGCCUUAGUUAUCUUCGUCAUUCUCCGAUACGCUAAGAUGAAGACAGCCACCAAUAUCUACCUGUUGAAUCUGGCCAUUGCUGAUGAGCUCUUCAUGCUCAGCGUGCCCUUUGUAGCCUCCUCUGCUGCCCUCCGCCACUGGCCCUUUGGCUCUGCCCUCUGCAGGACUGUGCUGAGUGUUGAUGGCCUCAAUAUGUUCACGAGUGUCUUCUGCCUGACCGUGCUCAGUGUAGACCGAUACAUUGCUGUGGUGCACCCCCUGAGAGCUGCCACCUACAGAAGGCCCAGUGUGGCCAAGCUCAUCAAUGGAGGAGUGUGGCUGGCAUCCUUGCUAGUCACUCUACCCAUUACCAUCUUUGCAGACACUAAGCCCACCCGAGGGGGCCAGGCUGUGGCCUGCAACCUGCACUGGCCUCAUCCAGCCUGGUCUGCUGUCUUUGUGGUCUACACUUUCCUCCUGGGUUUCCUCCUUCCUGUCCUGGCCAUUGGCCUCUGUUACCUGCUUAUUGUGGGCAAGAUGAGAGCAGUGGCCCUCAGGGCUGGCUGGCAGCAGAGGCGACGAUCAGAGAAGAAGAUCACCAGACUGGUGCUCAUGGUGGUGGCUGUCUUUGUGCUUUGCUGGAUGCCCUUUUAUGUGGUACAACUGCUAAACCUCUUCAUGCCCAGCCUGGAUGCCACUGCUAAUCACGUGUCCCUCAUCCUCAGCUAUGCCAACAGCUGUGCAAAUCCCAUUCUAUAUGGCUUUCUCUCAGACAACUUCCGGCGUUCAUUCCAGAGAGUGCUCUGCCUUCGUUGUUGUCUCUUAGAUGCUGCUUCUGCUGCUGAGGAAGAACCCUUGGACUACUAUGCUACAGCCCUUAAGAGCAAAGGGGGUGGGUGCAUGUGCCCCACUCUGCCCUGCCAGCAGGAGCCAGUGCACCCAGAACCCUGUGGCAAGCAUGGCACCCUUACCAGGACCACCACCUUCUAAAGAGCAAACUCCAGCUUCUUGAACCGACCUGUCAACCUAGACCUCUUUCAAUCCCCAGUCAUCACCUUCCAGAGGCCAUCUUCAUCUUUCCCCACCAAACUGUCUCCUCCCUGAUUUCCCCUCAAGAACCUUGGACUUCUGGAGAAACCAGGCUUUCCAAGAAGAUCAUGUCCUUUCCAGAUGAACAUUGUCAUUUUGCUUGUGUAUUGUUCCCAGGGACACUUGCAUCCCACUAAACUAAUCCUUUCCUCUCAAGAACAACAGUUUGCUAAAGGACAUCUCCGUGGGGUAGGACUCACUCUGUGCAUGGACUGUGAGAAUUACCAUUCCUGAGCCCUUGGAGUUUUGUUUUGGUUUUUGCAUUUUUUACUGGGGAGGGAAGAGGGAAAGGGGAAUGAGGGAGUGCUGUCUCAGUCACUUGUUUUUCCAGUUUUCCUUUAGAAAGGAUAGAAAGAAUGAUCAGGAGUCAGAAGAGACCUGACCCCAGAUUCUGUCUUCAAAAUAGGAACUCUUCUCUUUUUAUGGGCUAUUUCUUUCUUAAUUGUAAUUGGGGUACAAUAUGAACUGUGUACAGGAAGGGAAAAAAAUCUAACACCUUAGAUCAUUCCUUUGCUUUUUGUCUUUAGCUCUGUAUUGCCAAGUAGUAUUUAUUUACAAAAGUCUGGGAUGCAAUCUUGUUUGCUUCUAACCUUGACAUAUAGUCACAUAAUAAGUGAUAUCUGUAUCAUGUCAGGUCAGUAACAAGUUCUUUGUGGGUAGAGCCAAGGUUGAAGUUGUAUGUUGUGGGGAUUAAUGUAAGGCACUAAAUCUGGCCAAUAAUAAAAACAACAGAGAGGAUAAAACCUCACCCAGAUCUUGUGCUGUCAUUUAUUUGCCAGUAUCCCUUGAGUGUGGGAGUUUACCAUCCUUUUGGGGUACACAUUUGUAUUAGUGACAGUGGGGACGGGAAGGGAAAAUUCAAAUAGAAAAAAUCAUUGUUUUUAAGAAGGGAUGUAAAUGUGCAUUUAGAAGGCAAGUUUAUCUUUCCUUUCUUUUUCUUUUCUUUUCUUUCCUUUUCUUUUUAUUUUUUUAAGGCCCCAGAAAUCAGGAAACCAUUAGAAAAGAUGUACAUAAUAAACUGUAGCUCUAGCCCAAGAUCAAAGAAAGUAAAACAACCUAAACUCUUUCCUGCUAGUUAAAUUAUGGCUGAGUGAUGGUUCUUACAAUAGAAAAAGGACAAUUCAUGAUGUUUCAUUUAUGCUUACUGUCAGAUGAAGAGAUGGCUUUGUAACCUCUCAUAAUUGUAAUUAACUUAGAAGUCCUAAUAAAAAUGGUGUUGAA